GGGCUGCGAGGAUCGACUCGAUCUGGGAUCUACAGGCGCUGUCUGCAGGUGUGUGUGUCUGUGGAGAGAGAGGCUGGUCAGUCAGGUGACGGGCGACGCCCCCUGCUGGUCAUGUGACCUCUUCCUGUUGAUUGGCUUUAAAUCACCUUCAGCUCCUCCAGAGACAGAAACGCAGCGACCGCCUCAGCCAGAAGAAGAUCUUGUUGGAGCAGCCGAGGAUUGUGGGAGUUGUAGUGCAGUUUUUUCUUCUUCUUGUGUUUGGUGACGGCAGCAGGAUGUUCGGCAUGCUGCUGCUCUGCUGCGCCUCCUCUGGUCUGCUGCGGCCGGCCACCUCCCUGGUCCACGGAGUCCGGCUGGACGACGGCCCGGCGGCCGCCGUCCGCCCCGACGCCGCCUACCUGGCUGACAUCGAUAGAGGCCACGCCCCCAGCCCUCUUCAAGAUGGCGGUCUCCUUCCUGUGGACUCAGAGGAAGACCGCUUGCUGAUGGAGGCGGGCUCCAACAAUGAGGACUUGUCUGCGCUGCAGCUGCAAGGCAGAGCCGUGCGUUCCCCUCGCCGCUGCAUCCCUCACCAGCAGUUCUGUCUGGGUUACUCGCUGCCCUGCUGCGACCCCUGUGACACCUGCUACUGCCGCUUCUACAACGCCAUCUGCUACUGCCGCCCAGUGGGCCACACCUGCCCACAGAGACCCACCUGAACCAGAGACCCACCAGAACCAGAGACCCACCUGCCCACAGAGACACACCUGAACCAGAGACCCACCUUAACACAUAUGCAGUUUGCUUCAGUUUGUAAUAAAGAGUUAAUGUUUGAUCAUC